AUGGCCAGUUACCUUCAAGAGAGAGUGUCCAAGGUUGAGAUGGUCACAGACUAUCUCCUGAAGCGAGGAUACACUCGUACUGAAACCAUCUUUCGCCAAGAGUCUUCGCACUUGGGUCCUGACGGCAGACCCAUUCACAAUAAGGUUGAUGAUUUGGGCCCUAAGAAGUACUUGAAGGCUUUCAACUUGCUCCGUGAGUGGGUCGAGAACAACCUCGACAUCUACAAGUUCGAGUUGAACAAGCUUCUCUGGCCCGUCUUCGUCUACUCCUGGCUCGAGCUCGUCACUCAGAACUACUCUGAGGAAGCCAAGAUCAUCCUCAACAACCUCAAGUCGUACUUUGAGAAUGUCCACUCCGAUGACCUGAAGACCUUCUCCACCAUUACACUGGCUCUGCACGCCAAGGAAAACCCUACCACCAAGUUGUACAGAGAGAACAAGUACCGCGUUCCGCUCAACCAGCACAUCAGUGGCAACCUCUUCCACUUCCUCGAGCGCGAGCGGGACAAUGGCGGCGCCGUUAUCCUGUACAUUCUUUCGACCUUCUGCCAGUUGGAUUCAACGGCCCGUGGCCCCAUCGAGCCUUUCAGCUUCGAGGCGAUUUACCGCCGAUCUCAGAACCUCGACAUUGACGAGGUGGAUCUACAAGAAGGUAUCCCUGGAGUCUUCACCGGCAUUUCAAACCGGGACCUCUUGGACAAGACGGUGCCCCUCAAGCUGGGUCCUCUGCCCAUGGAAGAGGACCUCCGCGACGAUGUCAGGGCCGAGCUCCAGGAUGAGGAUGCGCUCAACCCCCCGCCCGAUGGCCGUGCUACUUUGGUAGACGAGUUCGAUCGUAAGAUCAAGCGUGAGGAGAGCGCCGAUGGCCCCACAAGAGCUGACCUGCCUUUGCCUCCAUCUCGCGCCAGAGACGUUGUCAUGGAGAUGCAGAAGGUCAGAGAGAACCGUGAUCGCUUCAAGAUUGACGGACGUACCGGCGGCGUCGGCGUUCCUGUGAGCGCGUGCAUGUUCACUUUCCACAACACUUUAGGAAGGCAAGUAGAUCACGAAAUGGUUGCUAUUGGCACCACGGAUUCCUACAUCCGAGUGUGGCAUCUUGAGGGCAAGCCUCUCAAGUCGAAGCGCAAUGACGAGAAGGACUACAAGUUCAACAACCGCAAGCUUAUCGGUCACUCAGCUCAAGUGUACUCAGUUUCCUUCUCCGAUGCCAUUGCCAAGCUCGAGCAUGCGCCAUUCGGCGAGGAGGGCAAGGGCGAGUCUCCUAUCGAGACGAGCUCCAAGCUGCUGCUGUCUUGUUCUGCGGACGGCACCGUUCGAGUGUGGUCGCUGGAUAUCUGGGCCUGCGUCUGCGUCUACAAGGGCCACGAUGGUCCGGUGUUGAGAGCCGAGUGGGGUCCUUUCGGUCACUACUUCUUGACUGGCGGCUGGGACAAGACUGUUCGCGUCUGGAUGCAGGAUCACGCAUCCGCGCAGCGCAUUCUCGUCGGUCACGAUUCCAGCAUCUCGGCUGUGGCCUGGCACCCGAACGGAACAUACGUGUUCUCGGCUUCCGACGAGACGGACAAGUCGGUCCGCAUGUGGUCUGUCAUCACCGGCCAGUGCGUGCGUGUCUUCACCGGUCACACGGACUACAUCUCCACCAUCGAGGUCGCGCCCAAUGGCAGAAUCUUGGCCACGGCUGAUUGCAGUGGCAAUAUCUUCCUCUGGGACAUCCAGAAGGGCCUCCGCAUCAAGCGCUCCCGCGGCCACGGUAAAGGCGGUAUUUGGUCCAUGAGCUUCAGCGUCGAGUCCAACGUUCUCGUCUCUGGCGGCCAAGACGGCACUGUCCGUGUGUGGGAUGUCGAGCUCCCUGCCGAGGGCCACAAGGCGGCUCAGCAGCAGCAAGGAGCGGCGCCUGCUCAAGAGGGAGGCGACACCAUCGUCGCGGCCAGCGGACAGACGGAUCGCCCGACUGCUAGCGGUCAGGGAGCGACUGGCAGUGGAUCUAGUGCUCCCAGUGGCGGAAAGAAGAAGGGCAAGGAGGUUAUGAUUACGCCCGACCAGAUCAGCGCAUUCCCGACCAAGAAGACGCCCGUCAUGAAGGUACAGUUCACCCGCAUGAACCUAAUUGUGUCUGGUGGCUGCUACGAUCCCGACCGUUAA